UGUGAUAUACAAAUUGUUCUCCUGGAUCUGUUUAGUCUGUAUUAGUUCACAUAGGUCUUUCCAGGUUUCACUAAAACCAUCUCCUUUCUUAUAAUAGAAAAGUAUUCCAUCACAUUUAUAUACCAUAACUUGUUCAUUUAUGACCAAUUUAUGGGCACUCCCUCAGAUUUCCACUAUUUGCCACCUCAAAAAGAGCUAUAAAUAUUACCCUUUCAUAUACUUCAAAUGCUUGAACUCAAAUAUACUUCCCUCCUCACUUCUUCCCUAAACUAAUCAAGUUCACUCAGCAAGCACUUAUUGAGAGUUUAUUAUGUAUAGGCACUAGACUAAGCUCUGGAGAUAUGAAUAACAACAAACCAUUGGCAGUCUUUUCCCUCAAAGUUGACAUUCUAAGAGGCAGAGACAAUAUGUAAAUUAAUUGGUACAUACAGGAUACACACUAGGAUAUAGAUGGAAGAUGCAACUAUUACUCAGAAUGAAUAGUAGGCCCUUCCUCACGCUGACUGCUCUCCUCUAUUCUUUCUCUUGCUUAUCAAUGCCCUUCUUAAAGGCCUUCCCCAGACCUGAAAUGAACACAGUACUACAGAUGUUUAACCAGGAUAGAGUAAACAGUCUUAAUUUAACCCAUCUGAAACAUGUUUUAAGUGAAUUAUUUUGCAAGACACUGAUCUUGACAUUGAGGAUAUUGAGACAAAAAUAUAAUACCCCUGUCCUUAUAUUCUGUAGAAGAGGUAAAACAUGGAAAGAAAGCUGACCAAAAAAAGUUGAGGGAGGGAGUGCAAACACCUGAAAAGAUGAGGGAAAGCUUCCAAGAAGAGAUGAGAUCUGAGCUGACCCUUGAAGGAAAAUAAGAUUCAGAGGAAAAAAUUAGAAAGGAAUUCAUUUCUGGGAACAGCUUGUGUGAGUGCAUGGAGUGGGCAGAUGGAGUAUGAAGUCCAGUUUUUGAAAUGAGAUUGAAAGGCCUUAAAUGUCAGGGUAAAGAUUUAUAGUCCUAAAGGCAGAGGGAACUACAGAAUAGUGGAGUGAUAAAAGAUCUGCCUCUUAGGAAGAUUAUUUUAACAGGUGUGUGAAGAAUGAUGAAGACAGGAGAAAAUGAAGAGCAGUAGAGUUGUUGCAAUAGUCUGGACUAGAAGAGAGAAGGGUUUGAUUUAGGUGUGGUGGCAUUGUAAGUGGCGAGAAAGUGAGAGAUUCAAGAGAAAUAGGGAAGUUUAAAGAAUAGCCUUAAACUUAGCACUUAGGGGGAAAGAUAAUAAAUUCCAUGUUGGCCAUGUUGAGUUUGAGAUAGCUGUGGAGCAUCUAUUUGGAGAUAUACCAUAAUUGAUGUGGGACUGUAACUGGAUUCAGUUAUCUCUGCCUUCAGUUACCCUUCCUCUAUCAUCUUCUGACUUCCCCAAUCACUCCUUUCCUAUCCCUUUUGAUUUCUUCUUCAAACACUUUUUUCCUUGCUUUUCUUUGGUCUCUCCCUGUUUCCUCCAAUUUCUCCUAGUCUUAUCUGACUGUCUUCCUCAGAUCCGCCUUUAGCACAGUGCCUGGUACAUAGCACUAAAUAAAUGUUUGUUGAAUGAAUGAAUAUACUCUGAUUUUCCCCUCAUUCAUCUCCUCUCUUUUGAUUCCUUUUCACUUAAACCAUUUCUACUUUCAUCUCAUCUCUCCUUCCUCUGAUGUUCCCUUUUUCUCUUCCCCACCCACUCUCCCAUGAGUUCUUCCUCUUUUUUUCCUUCCUUCCUCAGUAGUUCCCAUCUUUAGCCCUCUCUUCAGUCAUUCUGCUACCUGUCUUUUCCUUCUGAUCCCCCUCUCAGUCAACUCCCCCUCUCACAAGAGGAUGAGUGGUAAAAAGCGGGGGGUAAGAUCUCCUGCAGUAUCUCGGAAGGUGACAAAGCCUAGCCCUGGGCCUAAAUCAAGGGCACCUCCUGGGAAGCCAGAUAGUGGUGUUACUCCUUCGCAGACCACAGAAGCCUUACCUUCCGUUCCGGACAAACCCACUCCACCCAAAGAGCUUUCUCCGGAAGAUCAAGCAGCAAUCACCAUUCAGUGUGCCUACAGGAAGCGUCUAGCACUGAAGGAACGAAAUCGGCGAAUAAAAGAGAAGGAAGAAUACGCAGCCUUGAUGGACAAGCUACAAAAGGAGGCCUUCCUGGCUAUGGUGAAGCAGGAGCAGGAGCAGGCUCGCAGGGAACGGGAGAAGGAGGAAGAGCAACGGCGAAAGCGGCAGGAGGAGCUGAAGCGGCGAAAGCGGAUGCUGGAAGCUGCGUUUGAGGGAGAUAUAGAGGAAAUGAAGGCUGUACUGAAGGAGGUAGGGGACGUGCUGAGCCGGGAGGGCGUGGGCCACGAUGACCGCGGGAAGGCUGUGAGGCUGAAGAGUCACAUGGCCAUGGUGGAGUGCGCCGACGCCAACGGGAACACGCCGCUGUCCGAGGCUUCAGGGGGGGGCCACCCUGCAGCUAUCAAGUUCCUCAUAGAGAACGGCGCCCACCCCAACUGCAAGGGAGCCUUCGGUCGCACCCCUCUGUACAGAGCUGCCUUUGGUGGCCACCUGGCCGCAGUGGAGAUGCUUCUGCAGCACGGAUCAGACCCACGGAUCUAUGCAGAUGAUGGAAAUACUCCAGAACAGGUAGCCUCCCUCGAUGCUGUGGUAGAUGUCUUGAGGUCCUGGGACAUUAAUCUCACAGACACCAUGCUGAAAAAGAUGGAGGCUGAGCAGCAGCGCCGGGCCCAAGAAGCCCAGAAGCAGAAGGAGGCAGAAACCAAGCGAAUGGCUGCCAAUGUGCAGGAACUACAGAAGGAGCAGGAACGAUGUCAAAAGGAGCUGCAAAGAGCCUACUGUGAUCUUAACAGGAGGAUCACAGAGCAUGACAAAUGUGAAAGGAAGAAGAUGGAUAAAACAGAGAUUACUCUGCAGGCCAUCAAAGAUGCUGAGAUUCUGGUGGAUGAGUUGCGGCUAGCAGCAGAGAAGGCAGAAGAGAAGCUGGCACUGGCUCGAUUGGAGCUGAGAGAGCAGACCCAAGAGGAGGAGGGAGAGCUGCCCGGGCUGAAGUGUCCAGUGGCCGAACUUCAUGAUGUAUUGCUCAAGGAUGUGGGUGAUCGAAUUCAGGCUGAUGGGCGGUGGCCUCUGGUUAUUGAUCCCUCAGGCCAAGCAGCCACAUUCCUUCGCUACCAGGACACCAACUAUCUGGACACCCUCAACCCAGCCCAUAUGCAGCCUGAUCGUGUGCGCCUGGCAUUGCUUGGGGCUCUCAGGUUUGGAAAACCCCUUGUGUUUGACAUGCGUGAGAUUGACAUGUUCGAGACAGUGAAAAGGCAGUUAGACUCCAUCCAGCCAGAACUGGCCCAGGAUCUUCUCUCCAAGAAUCUGCUAAACAAGGACAGAUUCCUGUCUCUCAUUCGCCCUGGGGAUGGUCCUGAGUAUAACCGCAACCAGUUCCAGAUCUCUCGGACCAUUCAUUUCAAGGUCUUCUUCGUGACAAAAACCAAAAGGCCACCAGACUCACAGCUACAGACCCUACUCCCUAUUCAGGUGCUGCCCAAGGACCGAUACUAGGCAUCUUACAACAAGAGGGGGCAGGGGGGGAUUGAACAAUAAACUGAAUGCACAGGCUUUGGGCACUGUCCAUGGCUAAAAUUGGGAAGAAGAGCUUCACAGGAGGAGGAGGAGGAUGGAAGAUGUAUGUACUAGAUCAGGAUAUGGAUAUGUGUCAUGGGGCAAAGGUGCAUGCGUGUGUGUGCGCGCGCGCGCGUGCACUAGCGGGCACUGGGUAAAUAUGUGUCAGAAUGAGGCAAGGGAGCAUGCUCCUGGGUUUAUUUUGGAAAGACAGGACUGUAUUUGUGUGGAUUUCAGAAGCUUAUAUUUGGGUAUGGGGGGAGGACAUUAUGUAUAUGUAAUCGGUUGUUGGGAGCUCACUCACUUUGCCCAGCCCUUCCAUGAACCUUAGUUACAAGGAGAAAUUGGGUUUUUCUUCUUGGUUUUCUGCCCUGGAAAAUCUCAACUGGACACUAGGUGGCAGGAGGUACCACCUAGUGUAAGACAAAGAUACUGAAGGCAAUCGAGAAUCUUUUCUCAUUUAAUAUACCUAAAGAUCAGAGUCCUGCAGAUCCCCAACUCCUGAUUUCUCCAUCCCUUCUAACUAACCCUUAAUUCUGAUAGCACCAGCAUAAAUCAGUCACAUGGAGAGCUUUGGGUUAUGAGCUUCUUCAGGAAAUCAGAAGUCACAGAACCAACUUUGAAAUACAGUUAGAAUCCAUUAUAUGUUUCUGAGAGCAAUAAUAAAGAACAUUUCAUUGCUAACUCCACAAAGGAGACACCAUUAUGCCAUUACAGAGAUUCACAAAUUCUGAUUUAGAAGGCAAAAAGUUAGAUCAUCUAGUUUGACACACUCAUUUUACAACCGGAGAAGCUUGGGGCCUGGAGAGUUGGUGUGACUUGCCCAGAGUUAGAAGUGAGAGAAAAGGAGUGAAUACAAGUCCUCUGACUCCACAUUUGGUGUGUUUUUUAUUGUUAAGCCAGCACAGAGCAUUUCGACUUUCUCAUCUGAAAAAUGAUGGGGUGGCUAGGUGGUACAGUAGAUAGAGUGCCAGCCCUGGAGGACCCAAGAGCAAACCCUUUCUCAGACGCUUAUUAAAUGAGCCCAGGCAAGUCACAACCUUCUUGAACCAGAAAACCAUUCCAGUAUCUUUAUCAAGAAAAUCCCAAGUGGAAUCAAGAAAAGUUGGACACGACUAAUCAACCCCUCCCCCCUGAAAAGAGAAGGGGAUGGCCUCUGCAGUGCCUUCCAGUUCUAAAUCUAUUCACUUACUGUAGUGUCAAUAGUUUUCAUUGCCACCUUCUCAGUCCAUGCUCAUUUAACCAAUCCAACAUAAAAUCAAUUACAGAAUAAUCAAUUUUAUUUCCUCACAACAAAUUAAUCAUUACAACCAAAAAGAAAAAAAAAAGACUGCCAUAAUUAAAAAUGCUUUUGGUUGGGGGAAAAACAGUCAAGUAAAUUGGGUAAACUGAGUAGUAGUCACUCGAUGGGUGGCAACUCAAGACUGAACUGUGGAGGCUACCUUGGGGAACUCUGAACCCUAAUCCUUGAAUGUAAGUACCUUUUACCCUGAUUCUGAUUAUAACUCUGCUAAGGUGAUGUACAGGAGAUUGUACAAAGGCAAGAAUAAAAUAGUCCCAGACUUCAAGGAGUUCACAUUCCACAGAUAAGAUAAUUUGUGGAGGAAGAAAAAAUCGUAAGGAUCAGAAAAAGACUUUGCAUUAAAAAAAAAAAAAAAAUCUCGCCAAGCUUUGAAAGAAGAUCAAGGCUUCCAAGAGAUGAAGGAUUGAUAGGAGAGGAAAACAACUAUAAAUGAGCCCCAAUUUGGAGGCUAUAGCAAUACUGCUGAGAGAAGAAAAGGAACUAAAGCAGGUGGAAGAAAGGAGAGGAGAUGUGAAUAUUGAGGAAGAAUAUAUAAGUCUUGCCAACAGGGAAUAUGGGAGUUGGAAGGUAGAGCCUUGCUAUAUAAAGGAAAGUGGAAAAUGGGCAACUAAAAGAAUGGUGCUUUAUUCACUCCAUAUUGCAUAAUGGUUGUGCAGUGAUGAGUGGAAGGAGGUGAUCUGCCUUUUCCAAUAUUGGACAUGGAUUCAAAAAUUUAAUUUUACAGGUAAAGCAUAGCAUGACAAUAGCCCAUAUGAAAAGGUUUUGAUGAACACACUCCCCUCCUGUCCUCUUUUCUCCCUGCCCCCCAAAUUAACGAUUUCUGGGGCUUCAUUAAUAGAAGCAUAGUUUUCUUAAUGGAAAGAAUAGUCCUGUUAUGUUUACUCCGCCUUAAUUAGACUUUCUGGGUCAUCUCUUUGGAUCACUGUUGAACCUUGGGGUCAAGUAGAGCAAUUUAUGGAUUUGAGAGAAAUUGAUAAUAGUUUAUUUGAUGGCCAAAUCUAUUACAACCUCAGA